CCCAUAUUGCUGUAAAAGGUAUGGACACAAUAUUCAAAGCUCAAAUGAAAGAGAUGAAGCUCUUUGGAGGAAGCCUGAGGUUUCAAGAAAUUUCUCUGACUUACCAGCCCUCUGAAGGUAACACUUUAACUUUGAGUGGACAGAUGUCCUUGGCUUUAACAGACGAUUCAAACCUAAUUGUCUUCAAUGGAAGCUUAAAGAUCUCAGAAUCCGAGGCGGAAUUUUCCAUGACAGUGGGAGGUAAUCCAAGGAACAUACACGAGCCAUUUGGAAUGUUUGGAAUUACAUCUGACGACCCACAACUUCAGUUGAGUUGGAUAUUUGAUCAGGAUGAACAUUCUUCCAUUGUUCCAUUUUGUGCUGUAAGUGGCAAAGUCAACUUCUCCAAAUCCUCAUCAAGCAGUGAGAGGCAACCUGUGAUAACGCUGAAGGGAUCGAUCCUGUUUCAGGAGGGCAAACCAGUGGUGGCAUUGGUCUUCUUUGAUUUGAACCACCCCCUGAGUAUCGAUGACAUGUUUGCCACAUUGUUCAAAGAACAGUGGCCUUCAGGAUAUCUGGACAUCAGUUUCAAAGAAGGCGAAAUCUAUUACGCGAAAGCUCAAGUUGAAGUAGACAAGAAGACGUACAAAGAAGGCUUUCACGGUCAAACUGAAAUACAGAUCUUUGCCAACGCGUUUGGUGUUGAAGUAUCCGUUGAUCGAAAAGGUAUUACCGUCAAAGGAUACACCAAGUUUGAAAUUGAUCUGGUCAUUGCUACCCUCACUUGCAAAACCUUUGAAGACAGCAAGGGCCCAGAAAUCGAAAUCGCACGCUACGAUGGUAAAACAAAGUUUGAAUUGUCCACUGGCGUUACACUCCUUCAAGAGCAAAUAGGCACCUGUUCAUUGGGCUAUGACGUUCAACAGAAAUGUUUCCUAGGAGGAGUAACCUACCAUGGUGAGCUCCUUGGCGUCAGUCACCCUUCUGUCGACUUUGAAUGGAGUCAGAAAAAUGGAUUCAAGAUUCGAAAAUGGCCAGUAAUUCUUGAUCUACAGGCGCUUAUCGACUUCGCCAAGGCAUUUGAUGAGCUGAGCCAAAUGAUUGAUAGCCCGUGCGAGAAACUUGUAGGUCUUGUGUUCGACAAAGUCAUAAAGACCAAGUGCAGGCUCGAUGUAAAACAAGUUUCGGUUAAGGAUUCCGGCAACCCAGAUGCAUGGUUUGCAUUAAGGCUGGAGGGAAAGGUUGACAUAAUGAUUGUGACAGAGAAGCCUUCAGUAACAGUCGAUUUCCCUGAGAUGGUGGUGGCCAUAACGAAGCCAUCAAAACAAUUCAGACUUUCUGAUUUACCCGGGUUUUUAAUCAGCGAGAUUGCAAAGAAUUCACUAGUACUGGCAAAGCAGGUCUUCACGCAGCCAAAACAACUGACGAAGUUCAUGGCAGCACUUGGCAGUAUUAAACUCUCAAGGAAAGUCCUCUCAGGCCUUAUUUGUCGAGGUGCACACAAUCCAGAUCUUACCAACCAGGCUGAAACUGAGCUGCAAAGCAUGGAAGGAGAAGCCAGUAGUUCCGAGGGAGCUUUGGAAACGGCCUUUAAAGAAUUAAUUGAGACGGCCGGAGAGUCGGCAGUAAGCAUAGCAGAACUUGCUGCUAGCGCCGUUUCCAUUAUAACUCAAGUUGGCGUCGUGGUUGGUGCUCUGGCGGCUAUCAUAUCUUUCAUAGCAGGCAUCAUCAGUUUCUUCACUGGAAAGUCCAAACAGCAAGAGGAAGCUGAGGAACGGAUGAAAGAAGCCAAAAAGAAAGAAGAGAAAGCGAGAAAACUUGUGGAAGAUCGCCUAGUGAUUGUAGACCUAUCAAUCGCCUUAACAAAGGAAAAUGAAGUGGAGGUUAGCUGGAAACCACUAGAAAAAAACGUCAAGUACAGUGUUACACUUAAACGAAUUGACCUUGGUGGAGUGGAGACAGCGCUUUUAGAGGCAACAACCGAGAACAACAACGUCAAUGUCAAGAGUGAUGCAAUAAAGUACAACAACAAACAAUUCAUGGCAACUGUCCAGGCAAGCUUCCUCUGCAGUGGAGAAUCGUUCCAGGGGAGAGAGCAACUAUUAUCAAAAAGUGUAACCCCUCUUCUCCGAGCGCCGUCCAAAGUUGAACUCGAAUCCAAACAGGAGGGACGGGAGGUAAAUGUCAUAUUCUCUCAAGUUGAAUAUGCAGUGGAUUACAAAGCUGAAGUUAUCACUCGUGAUGGUAGCGUCAUCGGUGGUGCCAUCAUUAAGCGACCUCCUAGACACAAAGAUGGAAUUCAUGUGUUUCACGCUGAAGAACUGAAUUAUGGAAUUCCCGGGGAGACUAAAGUUCGAGUUUGCGCUCGAGGGCACGACAAAAAAGUAAAUGAGUUCAAGUAUUCCUCUGGUCUUUAUCUUGUAGCGGCCCCAUCUGACCUCCGUCACUCUUACGAGGAACUGUCACAAGAAUUGGCCGUGAAAUGGAAAGUGAAUGGCACCCACAAUAUCUCAAGCUAUGUCUGUGAGAUAUAUUCAGUUGAGGGCCAUGCAGUCGUGUUUACAAAGGAGGUUCUGAAGUCAAAAGACGACCGCCUGGAGGCUAAUCUUAAAAUUCCCCUCAAAGACGUAUCUGACAAAUCCAAAUCUCGCUAUAGCAUUCGUGUUUGUUCUCUUGGAGUAUCGACAACGUUGGCAAGUCCCUUCGUCAAUAGCAACGGCUUCCUGUCCUUUCUGCCUCAAGUUGAUGGCAUUACACCUUUGUACGACCCUCAGGGCAAUCAACUAACUGUCUCUUGGGUGACUGUUACUGGAGCCACCAACGUACAGAGUUGCCAUUAG